GAUGCAAACCACCACCUCUCCCCAGAGUGGAGGAAUAGACUUCCAACCUGUGUACCUUAGAGAACCAUACGGCUGCAGCGAUCAAAAAGGUCACACGAAGAUCUCAGCAUCCAUUUGCAGUAGGCAGGUAUUUCCACGCCUUCUUGGCUCUUCUUGUCGGCCCUUUCUAGUUUCUUGAGGGGAUACAUUCCCUGCCCAGAGCUGUCCUAAGGUGGUAGGUGAACAUCUCCAUCUGAAGGACUUCUGUCCCAUCCUCAACUGCACUUGGAUAGUCAACCAAGAUGAACAAGAUUCUAAUCGUGGCAUUUUCUGCUCUGCUGUGCCUGGCCAUAGUACAAUGUCUGAAAUGCAACACAUGCAGCAGUUAUAUGAAUGGGAAGUGUAAGGAGGGUGAAGGUGUAUGCGAGACUCACUUUUCUAAUAUGUCUUGCUCAACUGUGAUAUUUAAAGAAAGCAAGGAGAUGAUAUUUGACUGUGGGCUCACACUGUACUGUGACACAUUCUAUUCACAGACAAACCUCGUGCCCUUCUACUUCACAUGCUGUGAUACAGAUUUCUGUAAUGUUGUGCCACAUUUGGGACCUGACGGUGAAACCUCCACGGCGCCAAGCCUACCAGAGAAUCCUUAAGACCUGGUCCUCACCCACCACCCUACCAAAAUCCUCAAUAACUCAUUUGUAUUCCAUUUUUUGGCAUCUCGGUCUUAUAAAGCGCUGGGUGGUGUAAGCAGAAAUAAACCUGCACCUUUGGCCUGA